AUGAGUUCAUCACAAGCACAAAAUGGAUUUAAUCCGAAACACAGCACAUCAACAGCAUCAUUAGCAUCUACUGAGUCAGCCAAAGCUUUGUUGCCAAGUAGUGAGGGCAUAGACGAUGGCGUUGGUAUAAAUCAGAGAUCUUAUCAGAUAAGUUCAGAUGACAAGCCCUCCAGACUUGUUAUCAUCUUGACUUUAGUAUCCUCGAUUUCUGGAUUUAUGUUUGGUUAUGAUACAGGUUAUAUCUCAUCAGCAUUAGUUCAAGUGGGAACAGAUUUAUCCAACAAAAUUUUAACGAGUGGAGAAAAGGAACUUAUUACAUCCGCUACGUCUCUUGGUGCUAUUAUCGGAGCUAUCAUUGGUGGUCUCUUAGCCAAUUUAAUAGGUAGAAAGAAAGUUUUAUUAGGUUCCAACGUUGUCUUUGUAGUAGGAACAAUUAUACAAUUAGCUGCACAUACUGUAUGGACAAUGAUUGUUGGUAGAUUUGUUUUAGGUUGGGCUGUUGGUACCGCUUCAUUGAUUUCCCCAUUAGUUCUUUCAGAAUUAGCCCCAGCUAGGUUCAGAGGAAGAUUGAUUGUUACAAAUGUCAUGUUUAUCACUGGAGGUCAACUUGUUGCUUAUUUGAUAAAUUGGGGUUUAACCAGAGUUCCACACGGAUGGAGAAUUUCCGUUGGAUUGUGUAUGGUGCCGCCAGUACUCCAGUUUAUAUUAUUUUGGUUCUUGCCUGAUACCCCAAGAUACUAUGUUAUGAAUGGAGAAAUAGAUAAGGCCAGAGAAGUUCUCAGAAAGGUCCAUAUUAAUCCUUCAGAUGACUUCAUUGAAUGCACUAUUGACGAAAUGAUCAAUUCCAAUUCACAAGUUCCAGGCAGUAGUCCGCUUCACAAAGUAUGGGAAUCAAUCAAGAUCAUCCAUAAAACUCCAGGAAAUUUCCGAGCUUUAAUUCUUGCAUGUGGUUUACAAGGUAUUCAACAGUUCACAGGUUUCAAUUCAUUAAUGUACUUUAGUGCGACAAUGUUUGAAUCCAUUGGAUUCCACAACCCAACUGCUGUUUCCAUUAUUAUUGCAGCAACCAACUUUGUCUUUACGGGUAUUGCAUUGAUGAUUAUUGAUCAUGUUGGAAGAAGAAGAAUCUUAUUGGUGGGUAUUCCUUGCAUGUGCUUGUCAUUAAUUGUUUGCGCAAUCGCCUUCCAUUUCAUGGAUAUUGAUUUUUCUUCUGGUUCAGGAGUUGUAGACACUGGAAGUAUCACCGGCUGGGGGAUUGUCGUAAUUAUUGGUAUGGUAUUGUUUGUUGCCUCAUAUGCAAUUGGUAUUGGUAAUGCAGCCUGGGUUGGUGUUGAAUUAUUCUCAGACGUGAAUGUUCGUUCAGUUGGUGCAAUGUAUGCAACUUGUACUAACUGGGCUGGUUCAAUGGUUAUCGCCUCCACCUUUUUAACUAUGUUGGAAAAGAUAACUCCAACUGGUACAUUUUCCUUCUUUGCUGGAUUGUGUUUCGUUUCCUUCCAUUUUGUAUACUUUUUGUUGCCAGAUACUGCUGGUUUGGAAUUGGAAGAGACCACUACGUUCUUAGCAAAUGGAUUUAAUGUUAGAGAAGCAUCUAGGUUGGCAAAACAAAGAAGAAAAGAAUCCAAAUUUACAAAGAGAGCAAUAAAUCCUUAA